CGUUCGUCCAAUUCCGAUUCCAGCAGAACCUGGAAUCUAGAAUGGCGAGGGGGGAUUGCAUGGGGUUGGGUUUGCACACACCCACACAGCGUGAAAAGGCCGCAAGCCUCGCGGGUGCUGCUGGAGUGGUGUCGGAACAGGGGGUGGAGGGAGCGUGGCCGCGGGUGUCGGCGGUAGAUCGCGGCCGUCAUCGGAUGGGACGGAAUAAGAGUGGGCAAGAGGUCUGAAGAGCGAGAGAGUCAGACACGAGGGAGCGAGGGAGGAAGGGACGGCAGCAGCCGGACAGACACACACCCAGCCCCACACGCACAAGAGCAACCCAGGCCCCACGAGGUUCGAGGGUUUCAUCGGCCUCGCGCUCUCGCGUCUUCGCGCAACUUCGAUCUUGUUUGCAUCGCCAUCGCCACAUACCGAUCCCCUCGGUGUCAAAGUGGAGCGGAGUCGCGCAGAGUGGAGCGCCGGGCGGUGAGGGGCUGACGGGCGCCAUGUCGACCCCGUCUCGCAAGAGGUUGAUGCGUGACUUCAAGCGCUUGCAACAUGAUCCUCCGGCCGGCAUCAGCGGCGCUCCGCAGGACAACAAUAUCAUGCUGUGGAAUGCUGUGAUAUUCGGUCCCGAUGACACCCCGUGGGACGGAGGGACGUUCAAGUUGACGUUGCAAUUUACCGAGGAUUAUCCGAACAAGCCUCCUACAGUGCGUUUUGUCUCGAAGAUGUUUCACCCUAACAUAUACGCGGACGGCAGCAUCUGCUUGGAUAUUUUGCAAAAUCAGUGGAGUCCCAUCUACGACGUGGCAGCGAUCCUGACUUCGAUUCAGUCUUUGCUAUGCGACCCAAACCCGAAUUCACCAGCAAACUCGGAGGCUGCUCGCAUGUACAGCGAGAACCGGCGUGAAUAUAACCGGAGGGUACGCGAGAUUGUGGAGCAAAGCUGGACAGCAGAGUGAAUGGAGGGAGUUGGAAGUGCUGCUGGUUUUGGAUUGUCCACCUGAAGAGUUAAGUUUAGUUUCGGUUACUGGGGAGAUUUGGAAGUCUAACCUAGAGAUGGAAGAGAGUGGUUACGUGAUUGCAAGCUUGAACUUCCGGACUCCAUUAAAUAUCACGCUAUUACUCUUCUUUGUUUGGAAGAACUUCUGAAGGGGUAUUGUUGGGGUUGUCAGUAUUUCUUGUCCCUGGUGUGACUAAACCUGGUGUGACUCCAACGUUGGGACAUCCUGAGGUUAAGGUCUGGAACCCGGGGUUGGAGUAGAGAUGUGUAGUUGGUGCUGUGGAGAGUGUGAUUUGCUGGGUGAUCAUCUGGUCAGACCUAGUUUCCGUAUCUGGAGACUAUGGAUGGUGCUGGCUGACGAGUACUCUUUCUGCCUUUGCUCUACUUUUGGGUUCUACUUCUGAGCGACAACUUUCAAUCGGGGUCAAGGAUUUUACAUGUAAGAGUGUCAAGUGUUAAAUAAAUCGCAGUGCCAACUUCUCAAGUGUAUCAUUCAAA